AUGAAGCGGCUUCCGUCCGACGCUCCUACCGUGUCUACCGGUACCACUAUGGAGUCACUGUUCCGCGUGCAAGCUGUGAGCAUUCUGCCAUCAUCCAUGUGCGAAUCUCGCGUCCGCGAUCGACCACCACCUCACACCUAG